AUGUCGGGUCCAAGAAAAAAUCGUGGCGGCAACUUCAAGGGCAAAAAAGAUACUAGGAAAUAUCUUAGGGGGAAAGAAGGUAAGACAGAGGAGAUCAAAAAAGCAUUAACACAUAGAGCAAGACUUAGGAAAAACUACUUCAAGUUACUAGAGAGAGAAGGACUAGAUGUCCCCGAUAAAGAGGGUGAAAAGUUAGUGGGUGUUGAAGGUGAAUCCUGUCAAGUGGGGGACUCUGGAGAUGCUACUGAACACACGAAUUCCGCAAAAUCUGAAAUCGAAAUCAUAAAGGAUAAAAUCAAAAACAAGGAAGCGUUGACGUUCCAAGAGAGAAUCUUAUUGAAAAAGCACAGGCGAGAAACCGACAAACAAAUAAAGAUGGAGAGAAUAAGAGAGAAACUCGAGACCAUGAGGAAGAAGAAAAUGGAGCGUGAACAUAAAACUGAACGUAUUCAGAAUACAAUGACCAGAAAGGGGCAGCCAUUGAUGGGCCCUAGGAUCAACAACUUAUUAGAUAAGAUCAGACAAGACAAAAAGAGCCAAUAA